AUGGCUUUCGUGCAGGCGCGCCUGCCACGUUUGCCAGCGGUGUUCAUCACCCUCGAUGAUCGCCAUGACGCAUCUCCCGCGCAGCGGACUCUGCAGCGCUCGAGGAGCUUCUCCGGCUACACGCCCUUCGAGCUCAGCGCCCCGGAUGCCAGCUUCGAUCGGGACUCCACUGGGGAAGCUUCCGAGACGCCGGCUUGGCCGGACACGGACGAGGAGCCAGAGGUACCAUCCGCCUUCAUCGCCCCGGGUCCGCUUGUCGGCGAGAGCAACAUUGAGCAAGGCGUCCCGGUGUUGGGUGGCCCAUUGCUCACACCGCUCGCCCCGCGUGUCGCGGAACGCGUCAUUGACAUGAUGGGAGGAGAUCCUGGUCCAGCAGGGCAUCUUGCCCUUCCAGCUCCAGCCGUGGGCCAAGUGCACUGGAUGUCGUUCGGGCCAGCACAGCCGAGCACGUGGACUUGCAGCCCAGCGCGGGACACGUCGGCGCAAAUUCUGAGGGCCCAGCGAAUUGGCGCGGUGGCCUUGCGAAAUGCUCGAGCCAUGAUGCCCGCAGUGGAUGUGCAACCUACAGCUCAGCGAAAGAACCCCCAACGACGCCGUAAGGCCAAGAUGCGCGGUGAGGCCUGA